CAUUUCUUUUUCUGUUGUAAUUUCUCUCCUCUCAAAUGGCUAAUACUUCGAUAGAUCCUCUGAUCAUGUGUAGAAUAAUUGGGGAUGUGGUGGAUGAAUUUGUGCCCACAACCGCCAUGAAUGUCUACUAUGCAACCAAGCAUGUCACUAAUGGCUGCAGCAUCAAGCCUUCCAUGGCUUUUAAUCCCCCAACUGUCACCAUUUCUGGAUUGCCUAAUGAGCUUUACACCUUGGUAAUGACAAAUCCUGAUGCGCCAAGUCCCAGUGAGCCCUACAUGAGAGAAUGGGUGCACUGGAUUGUGGCCAAUAUUCCUGGAGGUACCGAUUCUGGUCAAGGAACAGAGAUAGUGCCAUACAUGGCGCCAUGCCCAGCUGUUGGAAUUCACCGUUAUAUUCUAGUACUAUUUAGACAGUCCAUAUAUGUGGACCAAACUAUUGAGAAGCCAAAUAUCAUAACCAGAGCCAACUUCAACACUAGAGCUUUCUCUCGUCACCUAUCCUUGGGAAUUCCGGUUGCAACUGUUUACUUCAAUGCAAAAAAGGAAUCCAUCAAACAACGAAAGAAUGUCUAAGUUAUUUCAUCUUCUCCUUGAAUAAAUAUAUAUAUUAUCAUGCAUGAACCUAAUUACUAUAUAAAGACAUAUCUAUCUAUCACUCUAUCUAUCCAUAAUCAAUCUAUCUAUAAAAAUAAGAACAUGUAUUUGAUCAUCUAAAGUGCAACUUUAUAUACAUUUUGCUUUUGUCUUUAA